UCUCUUCUCCAAAACACCAUACUAAUCUCGAACAUUCUCAAUCUAUCUACGAUUAUGUCACUCCCAUUUCACUCUUUACCAUCCAUAUGUCAUUUAUAUGAAUCUUCAAGAACCAUGCAUGCAACUUUUUACAACCUAUAAAUAUAACAUACCAGCAACUUAAAAAAAAAAAAAACAUCAAUACCACAAAAUAUACUCCAUCAUUUUCUUCCCUAAGCAACACAACAUGAGGCUAGAACAACUCAACAUGUUACUCGUACCAUUUCUCUUGCUUAUUCUUGUUGGUUAUUUUCCUUCUAAUGCAAAAGGGUCACUAUUACCAUUCAUAGAUUCUCCCAACACUCUCUUAUCCGAUCUCUGGUCUGAUCGUUUCCCCGAUCCAUUUCGUGUCUUAGAACAAAUCCCCUUUGGAGUUGAAAAAAACGAACCAUCCAUGUCACUGUCACCAGCUAGAGUAGACUGGAAGGAAACUCCAGAGGGACAUGUUAUAAUGUUCGACGUGCCAGGGAUAAGAAAAGAUGAGAUAAAGAUAGAAGUGGAAGAGAACAGGGUGUUGAGAGUGAGUGGUGAAAGGAAGAAAGAAGAAGAGAAACAAGGUGAUCAUUGGCACAGAGUUGAAAGAUCUUAUGGAAAAUUCUGGAGGCAAUUUAGAUUGCCAGAAAAUGUUGAUUUGGACUCAGUUAAGGCUAAAAUGGAAAAUGGUGUACUUACUUUGACACUUAAUAAGUUGUCACAAGAUAAGACUAAAGGUCCUAGAAUGGUUAGCAUUGCUGAGGAGAGUGAGCACCCAUCUAAACAAGAGCUUUGAAAUAGUCAUGUGAUUGUGAUAUUAUAGUAUUGUAGCAGUAAAAUUGCUUUUUAAUUACGUGUUUGAUUAGUGAUAAAGGGUUUCACAUGUGGUCGUGUUUGUUUUGAGUCGGUUCUUGAUAAUGAGCCACUUCCAGUGUUGUUAAAGGCUUUAUUAUCUCUUAAUGAAUGAAACUAGUUGACUUGUGUGUCAA